UGCUUAAGAAUAAACUGUCAGUGAAAGGUGAGAAAUCCUGCGUUCAUAAGGCCAUCCAGCUGAUACAAAAUUUAAUAAGAGAUAAGAAGGAAGAGGAGGAAAUAAAAUUCCUGGCUAAUUACGUAAAAUGGACUUACUACAUGGCUGAUGCCAGCAAAAAUGUAGGAGUGUCUGAAUACGACUCCUAUUCGUGUGGUCGGCUGGAGAAGGCCUUUCAGACGAACUCGAAAGAAAAAAUCAGCUUCACCGAUAAGGAUGGCAAGAAGCAUAGCGUCAGUGUCAAGAACAUGACGGAUGACGUGAUCGAUGGUUCGAAUGCAUACUCAGCUAAAGUUAAGAGGAUUCCGACUGAAUCUACGAAACUGCCAGACAGGUGGGACCCGAUGGCCUCUGGCGAGACCCACAAACUUGUCGACCUCAGCUCGGUGGGGUCAGAGUUCAUGAGGGUAGAGAAACACUUCAGGGCCACCAGCAACAAUUUAAUAAAAUCUAUCAUUAAGAUCCAGCGCAUACAGAAUCCAAGUCUUUACCGACAGUACAAGGUGAAGAUGCUGUCGAUGGAGAGUGACCUGCCGCUCUAUGGCGGCAAGAAGAUCGAGAUGAGGUUGUGGCACGGCACCUCCAGUGACGUCAUCCCUAAAAUUAACUCCAACAACUUUAAUAGGUCCUAUGGUGGUGUGCACGGUCUGGUGUACGGAAACGGAGUUUACUUUGCCGUGAAUUCGCAGUAUUCAAUCAGUGGAUACUGCACUCCGGACGUUCACGGGCGCAAAUACAUCUACCAGGCGAGGGUCCUGGUCGGCAACGCUGGGCAAGGGGCAUUUGGCUUGAAGGAACCUCCCCUGAAAGAUCCCGCGAAAGGGAUUUUAUAUGACUCCGUAGUGGAUCGCUUGAACGCUCCAUCCAUGUACGUCAUCUUCUACGACUAUCAGAUGUAUCCGGAGUAUUUGAUUACUUUUCAGUGAAUUUUUUUUCGUUUGUUCAUAUGAUGAUCGUGGUAAUGAUUAUUAUUAUUCUUCUUCUUCUUAUUAUUAUUAUUACUAUUAUUGUUGUUAUAUACUUUAUGUGAAUAUUUCUGUUUGAUUUUGUUUUUCAAUAUUUUUUUUAUAAA